GUUUUAGCGAAUAAUUUGAUUUAUAAUUGAUAAUAUUAAUAAUGAUCAUAUUAAUGAAUGACCAAAUAAUAAGUUUCAUCUUUUUUUUUUUUAUUUUAUUAUGUAUACGCAUACACAUUAUACGUUAUUUAGUUAUACAUUAUACGUUAUAUACGCAUACACAUUAUACACAUUAUACGUUUUAUAGCAUACACAUUAUAUUCAUAUUAUACUUUUUAAAUAUUUCAUAUUAUGUAUUAAAUGAUGUCAGAUAUGUCAUGUCAAGUCUCGGAAAAAGGAUGGAAUUUUAUGUAAUUAAAAAGGAUUAAUCAUUUUCGGAAUUUAAUAUGAUCAUGUGGGACAAAUUAUGGGAUGUUCAAACAAAAGGUUUUGGGUAAAGUUUGGGUAAGGUCACAAGACAAGUAUAUUAUAAUAUACAGUAAUAUAUAUUAAUAUAUUAAUAUAUUAUAUAUUAUAUAUAUAUAUAUAUA